AUGCAUCCAAUGUAUUCAUCAUCUAGUUCGGGGUUGAAAGCGAGCUACAGUCGUCGUGGACAAGAAAGAGGGAUACCUAGAAAAUGUAGAUGUGGUGCAGUGUCUGUAAUCAAGACUUCAGAAACAUUGAAGAAUCCAGGGAGGAUAUUUUAUUGUUGUCCUUAUGGCUCAAAGGAGAAUAGUGGUCAUUUGUUCAAAUGGACUGAUUUAUCUAUGGUGGAAGAGAUGGAAGAGGUUGAGAGUGUUGUUGAGAAGAUACAAGUAGAUGUGGGAAGCUUAGAGAAAGGCUUACAUGAUGUGGAAGCUGAGAUGAAGAGUCUAGCAAUGAAAAGCAAUGGAAGUGAAAUAGAAGGCAUAAAAGCUGUUGCACAAGGAUGUGAGAAGGAGAUUGGAGAACUCAAAGCCAUGAUCGUUUGUUGUGAGAAAGAGAUUCAAGCAUUACGUAGCUUCAAAAAUUUGAUUGUGUGUAUUGUAGUCAUGUUUGUGCUAUAUGCUUUAAUCUUUUAA